AUGAGUGUCUGCAAAGCCAGCACGGUGGCUGGUGCUCGUCCGUUUGAUCUGACCUACCUGCUGGAGGUGGUUGUGCACCAGCGCUCCCUGCCCCUCCCCAGUUCACCCGCAGAGCUAGUGACCAGAUUGAAGUCAUAUCAAAUUCUUUUUGCUCAAUUUUUUUUCUUUUUAAUCUCAGCUGAAAACGAGAGCACGCCCAUUCAGCAGCUACUUGAGCAUUUCCUCCGCCAGCUCCAGAGAAAAGAUCCUCAUGGAUUUUUUGCUUUUCCUGUCACGGAUGCAAUUGCUCCUGGAUACUCAAUGAUAAUAAAACAUCCAAUGGAUUUUGGCACGAUGAAAGACAAAAUCGUAGCUAAUGAAUAUAAGUCAGUCACGGAAUUUAAGGCAGAUUUCAAACUGAUGUGUGAUAACGCAAUGACGUACAACAGACCAGACACCGUGUACUACAAGUUAGCUAAGAAGAUCCUUCAUGCAGGCUUUAAGAUGAUGAGCAAAGAGCGGCUGUUAGCUCUGAAGCGCAGCAUGUCGUUCAUGCAGAACAUGGAUUUCUCUCAGCAGGCAGCUCUUUUGGGCAGUGAAGACACAGCCGUGGAGGAGCCCGCUCCCGAAGUGGCACCUGUACACGUAGAAACUGCCAAGAAAUCCAAAAGGCCGAGUAGAGAAGUCAUCAGCUGCAUGUUUGAGCCAGAAGGAAAUGCUUGCAGCCUGACCGACAGCACGGCGGAGGAGCACGUGCUGGCCUUGGUGGAGCACGCGGCUGACGAGGCUCGGGACAGGAUCAGCCGGGUCCUCCCAGGUGGCAAGAUGGGCUACCUGAAGAAGAACGCAGAUGGGGGCCUGCUCUACAGCGUGGUGAACACGGCCGAGCCGGACGCCGACGAGGAGGAGACACACCCCGUGGACCUGAGCUCCCUCUGCAGCAAGCUGCUGCCUGGCUUCACCACGUUGGGCUUCAAAGAUGAGAGAAGGAACAAAGUCACGUUUCUCUCAAGUGCCAGCACUGCGCUCUCGAUGCAGAACAACUCGGUGUUUGGGGACUUGGGCUCAGAUGAAGCGGAGCUCCUGUAUUCUGCCUACGGGGACGAGACGGGCGUGCAGUGUGCGCUGAGCCUGCAGGAGUUCGUGAAGGAUGCUGGCAGCUACAGCAAGAGAAUGGUGGAUGACCUCCUGGACCAGAUCACAGGUGGAGACCACUCGCGGAUGCUCUUCCAGCUGAGGCAGAGGAGAAAUGUCCCGAUGAAGCCCCCAGAUGACAUGAAGGCUGGGGACUCCCUAGGAGAUGGCGGCUCUGUGCUGGAUUUUGUGUCAGUGAAGUCGUAUUCUGACGUCUCUCUGGACAUCUCCAUGCUCGGCUCUCUGGGGAAAGUGAAGAAGGAACUGGACCAUGACGACGGCCACCUGCACUUGGAUGAGACGACGAAGCUCCUACAGGACCUGCACGAGGCGCAGGCGGAGCGCGGGGGCUCCCGGCCAUCGUCCAACCUCAGCUCCCUGUCCAACGCCUCGGACAGGGACCAGCACCACCUGGGAAGCCCUUCUCGCCUCAGUGUCGGUGAGCAGCCAGAGGUGACCCGUGACCCAUACGAGUUCCUUCAGUCUCCAGAACCUGCAGCCUCCACAAAGAGCUAGCCUUGUCGAUAGUCUUGGAUUGCUUUUUUAUUAUUAUUUUCUAAGUUUUCAUUUGCAUGUACAGAGUGCUUGUCAUGAGACAGACUUUCGUGUUGUCCCCUUGGGCGUGCAAGAAGCAACCGGGGAGGUGAAUUGUCUUUGAUAUCAUGUCGGCCGCACUGCAGAUGGCCAUGAACCCUGAAUCAUGGAAAUCCUACAUAAAGGGGGUGUGACCACAUUCUGUGAGGCUGGCGUGGUCUGCCUGAGCCUCGCGGUGUCGGUACAGCCCUUCCCAGUGGCCGGUGUGGAGGACACACACCUGUCCUCCACGAGUGCCCCGGGGGAAGCAGAUGAGGGAGCCUUGGGUUGGGGGUCCUGCAUGUUCUUUGCUCCCGGCGCCCCACAUCCCCACAUUUCUGAGGCAAGUCACUGUGGGGGCCACACGGGAGCCUGUGGGGGCUGGCCGUGCCCCGUCCUGGCUCCGGACAGGCUGGGAGUUGAGGGCUAGUUCACAUGCCUGAGGAAGGGGUACUUCUGCUGGGAGACUUGGAGGUCAGCUGCCCCACCAGUUACGGUCAAGUCUUACGUGUCCGUAACACAUUUUCUGUUCUGGAUGUAUUUACUGGAUUCCUGUUUAUAUUUGUACACUAUAAAUAAACCUUAAUAAACAGAUACACAAAGACUA